AGAAGCCACCGGCUCCGAACCGCCAGCUCCGAAGUCGACCUCGCGUCGCGUCGCAGAUCCGACACGAGUCUCCCUGACAGCAGUCGGGCUUGAGGUCGAAGUCGAUGGAUCCCUUUCUCGAGUUCUCCGAAGGCAGCGGUGGCACGGCAGCGGCGACCUCAGCCUCGCCAACCGAGAGCGCGUGUGCCACCAUCCGGGCGCUCGAGGAGCUUCAGCCCUUUGAGCCGCUGGCCAAGAAGGGACAGCCGCAGCCCCGCCUGAUUCGGCAGGUCGACACGCUCAUGGCGCGGCACGCUCUGCACCAGCAGUGCAUCGGCGAGCUCUCCGCGGUGGCGGGUGCGGCCGGCGAGGAGGCGAAGGGCCUGCCGUCGCUGCUGCAGGAGCUGGGAGGGUGGCACGACCGGCUCGUGCAGGAGAUGGCGGCGCUGGUCGGAGAGGCGCUCGGGCGGAGAGUGCAAGCUGCAGAGGAGGAGCGGACCAAGGCGGUGCGCGCCUCCCAGCUGGCGGCGGACGCGCUCGCGGCGCGUGAGUUCAUCGACGAGCUCUACGCCUCCAAGGCGCGGCACGACGAGCGGUGUGCGCAGGACGCCAAGCUGCUGCGCGAGACGGUGGAGCAGCACCUGUACUCGUACCUCAACACGAAGUACGGCCUCAAGCAGCUCAUCACACGCGACGUGGACGCCUGUCUGGACGCGGUAGACGAGCCCUUCCGCCUCGUGCAGCGGCAGCUCAAAGAGACGGUGCGCGCGCUGCUGACGGCGCACCUCAAGGGGAGGCACCCGCACAAGUCGGACGCACAGGUUGCGAGCUCAGUCCUCGCAAAGACGCGCGGCGUGGUGCAGGAGGAGGAGUGGAGGGACGUUGUGCUGUACAUGUACGCGCCCGAGGACGCGGCCCUCCUCCUCUCGAGGCUAGCGCAGAAGGAGCGGGCCGGCAGGCCCCUGCCGUACAAGGCGCUGCUGCAGGUGCUGCUCGACUUUCAGCUCGACGGCCACCGCCAGUUCCUGGAGCACUUUGUCGUCCUCUUCCGCUCCCUCGACACCGCCGGCAGAAGAGAGUUCCGCAUGCUGGUCCGCGCGAUCGCGCCGGCCAAGAGCGAGGGCGCGGUGGAGGAGCUUCUGCUCGCGACCGAUCCGCACGACCACAAGCGGUUCACCUUCUCGGAUUGCGUCGUGGCGCUCAGCCAGGACCUCGUCGCCCUGCUCGCAGCGCCCUCAUUGUAG